GAAGCAGAAAGCAGAGCUCAGUGAGGGGAAACAAGCUAAAGAUUCAGCAAGAAUAAGGUACAAACUGGCUUAUAUUGACAAGAUGCUUGCUCUGACCUGGGUAACUCUGCUCUUUGCUACAGGCAUUUCAGAGUCAGUGCAAAGCAAUGACAAGACAUGUGAUGGCAAAACAUUCACUAUCACUCUAAAACCCACAAACCAAAUAGCAGCAGCUGGAAGAUGUGUUGUUUUAGAAUGUUCAUUUGAAAAUAAUGUCACCAGCUUUACUUGGUCCAAAAAUAACCAAUCUGGAGAAGGCAAAACGCCAAUAUUUAACUCCAGCACAAAUACCAGCGCUGACUCUGGAAUUAUGAAACGAGUUUCUUUGCUGGAGCCUGAUGUAAAGAAAAAGAACUGCAGCAUCAUCAUCAAAAAUCUUACGACUUCUGACACUGGAGUUUAUCAAGUCACCGCUAUAGAUGAAAACGGCUGCACACAUGUUUCUGAAGCAAACAUUACUGUUGAAGUCCAGGAAAUAAACAUCACUUUAGAAAUGACCACUAUGAAGAACAUCACCUGUUCUGUUCCUGCUUUCUGCUCUGGAUCUAAACCUCAGUUCACCUGGAUAUACCAAGAAGCAGCAGAGAAGGACAAUCUCACAAUCACAAACAACACUGAAUUCAUGAUUAUUAUGAUGAAUGACACACAGAGUCACAAAUCAAGCCUGAUUUUUAAUGCCUCAGCUAAACUUCACAAUAUAAAAGUUACCUGCAGGGUCAACUUUACUUGCAACAUACUAGUAGAGAAAACUCUUAACAUGAACCAAAAUCAAAAUAUUUUUAGUCAUUUGGUAGAACUUUUAAAAGCAAAGAUGAUUCCCGUCCUGAUUGUUUUUGGGGUUGGAUUUCUGAUCGGAUCAUUGGUUACAACCUUGAUUGCGUGCCUUGCGACAAAAUGCAGGAGCAAAAAGAAGAGCCCUCAUUCUACUGAUGAGCUGGAACUGUUAAACCCUGACGCUGCUUUCAAGGAUGAUGGCACCCUAGUCUUCCAGGAUGAUGGCAUCCAGAAUCAAGCAGCUGCAGAAUGUGGAGAGGAAAUUUGUGGGGACUUGGUAGACUUAGACAUGUCACCAAAGGAAAGUGUGUACUCGGACAUUGACUUCUCUGCACUGAAAGAGAAGAAUCCUGCAGAUGCCAAAGAGAAGGAGGAUACGACAGAGACUGAAUAUGCUGAGAUCAAGAGAGGGGAAAUGGAGGUGGCACAAGAAAACGAAGAAAUGGGCUGUGAAAUUUUGGUGGGAAAUUAUGAGACGGAGGUAAUGAUAGAGCAUCAGGAGGAGGCAAACCAGAUUGUGGUGGCUGAAGAGGUCAUAGGAGAGGCUGACCAGCUUUAUUACAACAAGGAAGUCAUGGAUGAGAACUGUUUGAUCAUCUUUGUAUAUGCAAGAAAAAAAAAGUCUUCACCCAGAGAGUCACUGGAAUUAAUCGAGAUGUUUAUUCUCACCUGGCUCAUUUUACUCUUCAUCAGUUCCAGCUCAGGAAUGAAUGGAAACCUCACAUUGAUGAUUCCACUGCUGAUAGAAGGACAGGAAACCACACUGACUUGCACCGCUGACCUCUGCUCUAAUGAUGAAACUCCUGUGUUUGAAUGGAAAUGGACCACGUCCAUGGAGAACAAUUCCUUUAACAUAAAUAAUGCUACAGAAUCUCAAAAACAAAACUCAACAGUGACAUUUAAACCUUCAGCCAAACAUCAUGGCUCUGCAGUCACCUGUCAGGUCACCUGCCCAAAUAACAUAACAGCGAAUGUGAGAAAAGUCCUCAAUGUAACCUAUGUGAAGAAAUUAGAAAUCAGAGGUGAGAAAACCAUUAAGGACGGUGACACUCUGAAUCUGACCUGCCACUUUGAUGGUUUUCCUCAAACUCUCCUCAUCUGGACCAAACUUGGCUCCAACACAAGCAUAACCAAUGGUACUGGAGCAGCCACCCUCUUCAUAAGCAAUGUGACAGGAAUGGAUUCUGGUCAGUACAUUUGUACAGCACUGCACCAGAACAGGAAUCGGACGGUGGACGUAGAAGUGCAAUAUGAGAAGAAACUUAAGAUCACUGGAGAAACAAUGUUGAAAGAGGGCGAUACUCUCAACCUGACCUGCACUGGAAGCAUCUUCCCUUCAUCUAUAAUAAUGUGGACUAAAAGUGGCAGAGACACCCCUCUGAUUAAUGAAACUCAAACAGACAUCAGCAGAUCCACUCUAGUAGUUCCUAAUGUAACAGCUGAGGAUUCUGGGAAGUACUUCUGUACAGCAAAACAUCUGAACAACACUCUAACAGAGAGUGUGGAUGUAUUAGUGAAAACUGUAUGGGAAAUGAAGAUCACGGGAGAAACAACUGUUAGAGAGGAAAGUGCUCUAAAUCUGACCUGCAGUGUCGAGAGCAUCCACCCUCUUCAGAUCACUUGGACAAAACUCGGCAUGAACAAAACCCUGACCAAUGACACUGGAAUUACAGUCGGAACAUCCUCCCUCAUCAUUCAAAACGUGACAACAAGUAAUUCUGGACAGUAUUUCUGUACUACAAAAUUUCCAACCUCACAAACCCAAGACAUAAAUGUUACUGUUACAUAUAGGAGGAGCCCUAAAAUAACUGGAGACGUUGUUGUUACAGAAGGCGACGUUCUGAAUCUGACCUGCAGCGUUGAUAGUUGGCCUCUUUCUUUAAUCACCUGGACCAAAUCUAGAUCGAGCACAGUGUUGAAAAAUGACACUGGGUCAGCCACACUUCUCAUUUUUAACGCGACAGCUGAAGCCAACGGAUUGUACAUUUGCACAUCAGAACAUCUGAACAUCAACAUUACCAAAGAAGUUCACAUCAAAGUGAAAAAGCAACCUCAGAUCCUAGAUAAAUCUGGGUGUAAGUCUCAGCAGAAUGUCCUGACCUGUGUGUGCAUCAGUCAAGGUUUUCCUUCACCCACAAUCACAUGGGAACCGUUGGAGAAUCAUGUUGACUACUCCAUCAACACUGUUGUGUCAAACCACACAGUAACAAGCACCCUUUCCAUGAAUAUGAAAGGUUUCUCCAAUGUUUCUGCUGUUUGUAUCAGCAGUAAUAUAAAUGGGAAAACUAGCAGGACUCUUUCUAUAAUUGAGGUGGAAGAUGAAGGACACAUCACGAACUAUCUAUGGACUUUCACACAGAAGGGUAUAAUAAUUCCCUUUUUCAUAGGGGUGUUAGUUUCAACAUUUAUCUUCUCCUUGUUGUGGUUGUGCUGCAGUAGGAAAAAGCACAAGUCUGAUGGAAGUACAUCUGAGACUCUUGAGAUGGCAAUGACCCAAGAGACAAACGGUUGUCAGACAGUGGAUUAUGAGCCCAUUCCGGUCAGAGGAACAGCUGCAGGAUCCAAUGGCACAGAAGCUGGAACAUCAGAUAUAGAAUAUUCUGAUAUCCAUUUGUUGAUCAAACAAGAUGAUGCGACCCCUUCAGAGAAGAAACCAAAGAAAGAAGUCACAGAGUAUGCUAAAAUUAAGCCAAAAAAAGAAAGCAAGAUGGAAAAGGGAGAAGGGCGAGAAGAAGAGAAGGAGAUGAAACUCUGUGUGCCAGAGGAUGCAGAGAGCGAGACUGUAGCAGUGUAUUCUAAUGUGACAAAGCUGAAGGAUCAAAUGUAAGAAUCAUUAACGUUAGCAGACUGAAGAUGAAAGCAUCACUGGAGUUGACUGUAUUUAUGUGUCAACUGUCUUGAACAUGAACCAAAAAUUCUAGAAAGAAAAAGAUAAAAAUAUAUUCACAAUCCAAACUGAUGAAUAUUUAAGUUAGCAAGAAAUCACUGUGCUGACAGAUGGUAAAGUGGCUUCUGCUAAAGCAGGCAGGUGUCUGAAGUGUUUUGCAUGAGGAGUUCCUCUUAAGGAACAAAGUGAAACUGGGCUGAGUUAGUUAAAAGGUUUUUGAACAGCAGUGCAUGUCCCCAUGACAUUGUUCCUCUUUAUUGCAAGUCGGAAAAAAAAGUUUCUUUUUUUUUUUCUUUUUUUUUUUCAGUUUGUCUUAGCUAAACAAAAAGAUUGCUAAUAAUUGCUCAAGUUUAAACAUUGAAGCAGAAAUUUGAAUUCUGUUGGAAUAACCCAGCGGAAAUAUUUGGUACAUAGAAAAUACUUUUUAAGUGCUUUACGUUUUACCUUAUUCCACUAACUAUACUAGUGGACAUUGUUGCAUAGAUUGGGAGUCAACACGUUCUUGCAGAUCCUUGUAAAUAAAUACCAUGUUUCCGUACAUUUGUGCUUACCAGUGAGAAUUUGUGGUGCAUAAGUAUCUGCAACCUGCUGAGAAAAUUUGUUUGCACAAUGAAUCACAUUUCAUCAGUUGGUUCAUGCACCUAGAGUGCUUUGCAUAAAUGUCAUUGUACAUAGUAAUGUAAAAUUUGCAAGCUUCAUUUAUUUUAUUUAAUAAUAGACAAGCAAAACCUAUGAAACUUACUUGUGACGUGGAAAGAAAU